UAAAGAUUACCAAUCUGAGAGUGAAGUUUACUAAGCUCCACACUCUUGGGGACAACCUUCUGGACUCACGUAUUGAGAUCAAGGAGAAAUACUACUACUCCAUAUAAGACAUGGUGGUGAGGGGGAACUGUUUUUGCUAUGGUCACGCGUCUGAAUGCGCCCCCGUCGAUGCAGCUGGAGAGGUCAUGGAUGGCAUGGUCCACGGUCAUUGUAUGUGUAAUCAUAACACAAUGGGUCUGAACUGUGAGCACUGUCAGGACUUUUAUCAUGACCUGCCCUGGCGGCCUGCAGAGGGACGCAACACCAACGCCUGUAAAAAGUGCAACUGUAACUUUCACUCGGACUCCUGUCAUUUUGACAUGGCCGUGUACCAGGCAUCGGGCAACACGAGCGGCGGCGUGUGCGACGACUGUCAACACAACACCAUGGGCCACAAGUGCCAGCAGUGCAAGCCCUUCUUCUACCAGCAUCCGGAAAGGGACAUCCGCGACCCCAACAUCUGCGAGCCCUGUAACUGUGAUCCCGUUGGCUCUCUCUACGGAGGAAUCUGCGACGCGCUGACAGACGUGUCUUUCGGGCUGAUCUCGGGUCAGUGCCGCUGUAAGCCCAAUGUGGAAGGAGAGCGCUGUGACCAGUGCAAACAGGGCCAUUACGGACUCAGUGAAGAUCACUUGGGAUGCCAGCCAUGCACUUGCAACUCUUUGGGAACAGUACCGGGCGGCAGUCCGUGCGAUACAGACUUAGGAAACUGCUACUGUAAGCGUUUGGUCACCGGACAGAACUGCGAUCAGUGCCUGCCGCAGCAUUGGGGUCUCAGUAAUGACAUGGAUGGGUGCCGGCCAUGUGACUGCGAUCACGGAGGUGCUCUCAAUAACAAUUGUUCUCCUCAAACUGGACAAUGUCAGUGUCGCGAGCACAUGUUCGGCAGACGCUGCGACCAGGUGGAGUCUGGUUUUUACUUCAUUGCGUUGGACCACUACACUUAUGAAGCAGAAGAUGCCAAGUUUGGACCUGGUGUAACCGUUGUCCCGAGACCUCACCCUCAGGACAGAUCUCCUUCUUGGACCGGUAUUGGUUUUGUGAACGUUCCCGAAGGUGCCUAUCUUGAAUUCAGCAUCGACAACAUCCCCUACUCCAUGGAGUAUGACAUCGUCAUUCGCUACGAACCUCAGUUGCCAGAGCAGUGGGAGGAAGUGUUGAUGACUGUCAUUAGGCCUCGCGUCAUCACCGCCGACAGCCGCUGUGCCAACACAAUGCCUGAUGAUGACAACCAGAUAGUGUCUCUGCAUCCUGGAUCCAGGUAUGUGGUGCUGCCCCGGCCUGUGUGUUUCGAGGAGGGUUUGAACUACACCGUGCGCUUGAGUCUCUCUCUCUACUCGGCUCUCAGCGACAUCCAAUCUCCAUACACGCUCAUCGAUUCUAUCGUGCUCAUGCCCCACUGCAAAAACCUGGACAUUUUCUCUGGCUCUGGAUCAGAGGGAGGGGAUUUGAUGACCAACAGCGCCUGGGAAACCUUCCAGCGGUACCGCUGUCUGGAGAGCAGCCAAGCCGUGGUGAAAACCCCCAUGACUGAUAUCUGCAGAAAUUACAUCUUCAGCGUCUCGGCCCUUCUGCACCAGGGAGUUAAAGCGUGUCAGUGUGACCCUCAAGGGUCUCUUAGCACCGUCUGUGACCCGAGCGGCGGGAAGUGCCAAUGUCGAACCAAUGUAGUCGGCCGCAACUGCGACAAGUGCGCCCCAGCCACCUUCCUGUUUGGACCACAGGGCUGCCGGCCCUGUGAUUGUAGUCCUGAGGGAUCCGUUCAUGAUUUCUGUCGCGAGGCCACUGGUCAGUGUGAGUGUAUUCCUGGAGCGUAUGGGCGGCAGUGUGAUCACUGUCUGCCCAGACACUGGGGCUUCCCCAACUGUCGGCCCUGUACCUGCAACGGUCAUGCCGAGCAGUGCGACCCCAACACCGGACAGUGUCUGUCCUGCAGAGGAUACACCACCGGACACAACUGUGAGAGAUGUUUGAAUGGAUACUACGGUGACCCUGUCCUGGGCUCUGGAGACCACUGCCGUCCCUGCAUGUGCCCUGAUGGACCCGACAGUGGGCGACAGUUCUCCAGCGCGUGCUAUAAGAGUCUGGAGUCGGACCAGGUGUUCUGCGUCUGUAACAAGGGAUAUAAAGGUGCCAGGUGUGAAGAGUGCGCCCCCGGGUAUUAUGGAAACCCGCACGAGGUGGGCGGAGAGUGCCGGCCGUGUCAGUGCAACAACAACAUUGACAUGAUGGACCCCGUGUCCUGCGAUGCCCGCACGGGUACCUGUCUCAAAUGCCUGUACCACACGGAGGGCGAGGGAUGUGACCGUUGCAAGCUUGGUUACUACGGCAACGCCCUAAAUCAGAGUUGUAGAAAGUGCGUGUGUAACAUUAUGGGCACGGCUGCAGAGACGUGCCCCUCUCAGGGUAACUGCAACUGUGAUUUAAGCAGCGGUCAAUGCCAGUGUUUGCCCAAUGUGGUGGGUCAGCGCUGCGAUCAGUGCGCUCCUGACACCUGGAAUAUGGCCAGCAGGGAAGGCUGUGAGGUCUGCGACUGCGACCCCAAUCAUUCCUCAGGCACUUCCUGUAAUGAGAUUACUGGCCAGUGCACUUGUAAACCCGGGUUUGGUGGCAGAAGCUGCAGGGAGUGCAGAGAACUCUUCUGGGGGAACCCAGAGGUCAAAUGCCAUGCGUGCGACUGCGACCCAAGAGGCAUCGCAGAGCAGCAGUGCAACAAGGUCACGGGUCACUGUGUGUGCGUGAAGGGCGUGUCCGGGCCCAGAUGUGACACGUGCGCCCGCGGUUACUCCGGCGAGUUUCCACACUGCGAGCGCUGCCACCAGUGCUUCGCCGAAUGGGACAUAAUCAUCGGCGACCUCACUAACCAAACACACAGACUGGUCCAGAAAGUCAACACCAUCAAAGCCAGCGGCAUUACGGGACCCUACCAAUCCACCAUCAAUAACGUUGAAAGCAGCGCCAACUCGAUCCGCGACAUCUUGGCCCAGAAUCCAGCCACUGAACCUCUCACGGAAAUCCAGGGGCUUCUCGAACAAGCCGCUGCCUUGAUGGCGGAAAUGAACAAAAACCUGAAUCUGACGGAGGAGAGCCUGUCCGAGAUCUCCAAUGACAACAACAGCACGUACACCAAGCUGAACUCUCUCAAAGAAGAAGCUGAGAAACUGAAACAGACUGUGAAGGACCUACAAGAACAGGUAGAGUUUGUGAAGAACUCGGACAUUCGGGGUGCCGGAGCCAGCGUGACUCGCUACUACCAGCAGUCUCAAGAAGAGGAGACUCGUGCGAACGCCUCCGUCAGCGACCCAUACAACCUGGUCAAUCGGUCCGCCGCCCUGCGGAGCGAGACAGAAGAUCUGAUGAAUCAAACCAAAGAGGAGUUCAAUCAAAGGCAGGAGGAGUUUUCCAAACAACUGGAUGAUCUGGCUGGACAGCUGGAGACUCUUGAUUUGUCUGAGCUCAGCGAGAAGACGUGCGGAAGGCCAGCUGGCUCGGAGAACUGUGUCGACUCUCCGUGCGGAGGCCUGAGCUGUGUGGAUGCCGAGGGAAACAGGAAGUGUGGAGGAGAGGGUUGUGACGGUAUCACCACGCUCGCCCACAACGCCUGGCAGAAAGCCAAAGACUUUGACCUGGAGAUUAGCAGCGCUAUGGAGGAAGUGGACAAGCUCUCCAAAAUGGUGUCAGAAGCCAAAGUCAAAGCGGACGAGGCCAAGCUGAACGCCCAGGAAGUUCUGACCAAGACUAACGAGACCAAGCGGCGUGUGGACGGCAGCAACGAGGAGCUGCGUCAGCUCAUCAAACAGAUCCGAGACUUCCUCACUCAGGACGGAGCUGAUCUGGAGAGCAUUGAGGCGGUGGCCAAUGAAGUUCUGGAGAUGCAGGUGCCCACGACGCCAGCCCAGCUGCACAACCUGACGGAGGAGAUCAGGGAGCGAGUGAGCAGCUUGUCAGACGUGGAGGACAUCCUUAACCAGAGUGCGGCUGACAUCAUGCGAGCAGAGGCCCUGUUAGAACAAGCCCGCAAGGCCAGGAAAGAUGCCACAGACGUCAAAGAAACAGCUGGAGUGGUAAAGGAGGCUUUGCAGUCAGCCGAACAAGCACAGACUUCUGUGACCGAGGCCUUAAAACGGGCCUCUGCCAACAUCAAAGGAACACAAUCAUUGCUGGUCUCGGUUGAAUCAGAGACGUCCGAUUCAGAGCUCAAGUUGAGUAACGCCACCCGAAGUCUCCUGCAGUUGGAAAGCGACGUCGCUCUGAUGAGAGAAAAGGCUCUCAACACCUCCAUCAGCGUUAACAGCACAGAGAAAACCACCGAGAGCAUCAACCAACUGACCGAGCGGCUCAGAAAGGAACUGGAUUCAGAGCUGAAAGAUAAAUACAGUACUGUAGAGGAGCUCAUCACACAGAAAGCCGAAGGAGUGGCAGAAGCCAGAAAACAAGCAAAGGCGCUUCAACAGGAGGCUAAAGAUCUGCUGCUACAAGCCAACGACAAACUUAAGCUUCUUAAAGAUCUUGAGAAGAGCUAUGAUGAGAAUCAGAAGGUGUUGGAGGACAAAGCCAACGAGCUGGUGGAACUAGAGAAAGCUGUGAGGGAUUUACUCCAAGAGAUCAGUCACAAAGUUACUGUCUACAGCACCUGCCUGUUUUAACACUAAAACCAAACGUCUUUAUUAGGGAAAUAAAUAGUAUUACCUCUAUGCCAGUUUUCUGAAAAGGUUUUAUGAGCUUUAUAAUGUUGACCACAAGAGAAUGUAAUUUGGAUUUUAUGAACAGACCAAAGAGUGAAUGUAUGAUAUGCCCAAAUGAACUAUAGGACUGCAAUUAAAACGACCUCAGUGUUUUAAAAUGAAAAGACAAUCAAAUAUCUUUUUUACUUUUAUAGAUAUAUGGACCAAUUUCUAAUAUUCAUGGAAGAACUGAAUAAACUCAUGUCAGCAAUAA